CACCCUUGACUGGUAGAAAACCAAUCACAGGGCAUUGGACGUCUUGUUGGUCUCCUUUUGGACUCCCUCGAGACACUCUUUAAUCCAGUGAGAACUCCUUAGAACCUGUUGGUCCUGGUUCUGCAACUCGACGCUAAUAAAAGACAAUCAAUCAGAGCAAACUCCACAGCAACAUGGAAAACGAGAUACUGGAUGAGAAAGAUUGGAGGCAGUUGGAACCCAACUACGCCGUGAAAGUAUUCCUGACAAUCUUAUACAGCCUCAUCCUGGUGACGGGCAUCGCGGGGAACUCCGCCACCAUCCGGGCCACGCAGGUUCUCCGGCGUAAUGGCUAUCUUCAGCGUAAUGUGACGGACCACAUGGUAAGCCUGGCGUGUUCUGACCUUCUGGUUCUGCUGGUGGGAUUGCCCGUGGAAGUCUUUAGCGCCAUCUGGUUUCCGUUCACCUCUGCGUCCGGGGGAGAUGCUGCUUGCAAGGUGUACAACUUCAUCUUCGAGGCGUGCAGUUAUGCUACCAUUUUAAACGUAGCCACGCUUAGCUUUGAGCGUUACGUGGCCAUCUGCCACCCAUUCCAAUUCAGAACCCUAGGCGGGCGGCGGACGUCGGGAUUGCUUACCUUGGCCUGGCUGGUGUCGGUUCUGGUGGCGCUGCCGCUGCUGGUGGCCACGGGGACCCAGGGCCACAUGCCCAUCUCAGCGGACGGGCCGGUCCAGGACUUGACCUUCUGCACCAAUCUGAGGGAGCGCUGGCUGAUGUACCGAGUCAGCAUUUUUGUAGCAUUCGUGGUCUACAUGGUGGUUUUGGCCGGCGUGGCCUUCAUGUGUCGGGCUAUGAUCCUGGUCCUGAAGAAGUCUGUGGGAUCUUCAGACAGAGGCAGCGACGGAAAUCACAGAACCACGAAGCAUGAAAGUACAAAGAUGAAGAUGGCCAAGAAGCAGACCAUCAUUUUUCUAUGCCUCAUCGUGGGCUCGUUGCUGGUGUGUUGGUUUCCCAAUCAGAUCCGCCGCCUCAUGAUGGCCGGCGUGCCCAAGUCCCGCUGGACGACGGCGUACUUCCGCAACUACCUCACCCUCCACCCGGUCGCCGACACCUUUUUCUACCUCAGCUCGGCCCUCAACCCCCUCCUGUACAACGUGUCCUCCCGCCAGUUCCGCCAGGUUUUCACCCAAGUGCUGCGCUGCCGCCUGACCAUCCAGCACGUCAACAAGCGAACCGUGCCGAGCUCCCGCGCCCGAUCCGUUCGCUCGCUGCGGCCCCUGUUGUUCGAAUCCCUACGCCGAGGCAAGAGGCGCCAGACCAGUCUGGCCGAAGAGGAGACAACCCAGAAGCAAAGUGACUCAGGAGUUGAUGCGGAUCCUAAAAACGAAGAGUUGGAGCCCACAACACAGACAGUCGUUCUAUCAGGAAUGGAACCAUAA